AUGUUGAGGGCAUCUAGAGUAUCAUCACGCUCCUUCAAACAAGUGAAACAAUCGCUAUCAUCAUGUAUAAGGAACUAUGCUGCAACACCAACACCAUUACCAACAAACACCCCCAACAAACAACCAACAACAGCCAAUGCCGUUACCCCUCUUGGUAGAAAAGUUCAAAAAUACUCUGAUCCGCCAGGAAUGUUUGGCAAGACGACAUUUACUGAAGUUAUGGAUGAGACCAAUAUGAUGUGGGAUAAAUCCGAUGAUCCUGAUCAAGUUUCAAAACAAAACACCAAGAUUCGUCAUUUCACCAUAAAUUUUGGUCCUCAGCAUCCGGCAGCUCAUGGGGUGUUGAGAUUGAUUUUGGAGUUACAUGGUGAAGAAAUUAUUCGUAGUGAUCCUCACGUUGGAUUGUUGCAUCGAGGUACUGAAAAAUUGAUUGAAACAAAGACUUAUAUGCAAGCAUUGCCAUAUUUUGAUAGGUUGGAUUAUGUUUCAAUGAUGACUAAUGAACAAGUAUUUGCAUUGGCGGUGGAGAAGUUGUUGAAUGUUGAAGUUCCAUUGAGAGCUAAAUAUAUUCGUACUUUAUUUGGUGAAAUUACAAGAGUCUUGAAUCAUUGUAUGUCGGUGUUGACCCAUAUUAUGGAUGUUGGUGGAUUAACUCCCUUUUUGUGGGGGUUUGAAGAACGUGAGAAAUUGAUGGAAUUUUAUGAACGUGUUUCUGGUGCUAGAUUGCAUAGUGCUUAUGUUAGACCUGGUGGAGUUGCUCAAGAUUUACCUGCUGGUUUAUUGGAUGAUAUAUACAUGUGGGCUACUCAAUUUGGUGAUCGAAUUGAUGAAAUUGAAGAAUUGUGUACUGACAAUCGUAUCUGGAAAGAACGUACUAUAAAUGUUGGUACUGUUACUGCUGAUGAUGCAUUAAAUUAUUCAUGUUCAGGAGUUAUGUUAAGAGGUUCAGGAAUCCCAUUUGAUGUACGUAAAUCACAACCUUAUGAUGCUUAUGAUUUAGUUGAUUUUGAUAUUGCUGUUGGAUUAAAUGGUGAUUGUUAUGAUCGUUAUUUAAUUCGUAUGGCUGAAUUUCGUCAAUCUUUAAGAAUUAUAUUCCAAUGUAUAAAUGAUAUGCCACAAGGACCAGUGAAAGUUGAGGAUUAUAAUGUGUCACCACCACCAAGAAGUUUAAUGAAGGAAGAUAUGGAAGCUUUAAUUCACCAUUUCCUUUUAUUUACCAAGGGAUAUGCUGUACCUCAAGGAGAAACUUAUACUGCUAUUGAAGCGCCAAAGGGAGAAAUGGCAGUUUAUGUUGUUAGUGAUGGAAGUGAAAGACCAUAUAGAUGUAAAAUCAGAGCUCCUGGUUUUGCCCAUUUAGGUGCUUUUGAUCAUAUUGCUAGAGGUAAUCUUUUAGCUGAUGCUGUGGCUAUUAUUGGUACUAUGGAUUUGGUGUUUGGUGAAGUUGAUCGUUAA